UGACCAUACAAGCUCUGCUUUCUGUGUGUGUAGUGGUCAAAUGGAAUUGAUAGAAAGCCCUUGUGCCCUUAUUUGUCUUCCACAGGGUGAAGUGAAGAAGUAAAGUCUCCCAGCUGAACUACUAUGAGGUCAGAAGCCUUGCUGCUAUAUUUCACACUGCUACACUUUGCUGGGGCUGGUUUCCCAGAAGAUUCUGAGCCAAUCAGUAUUUCGCAUGGCAACUAUACAAAACAGUAUCCGGUGUUUGUGGGUCACAAGCCGGGACGGAACGCCACACAGAGGCACAGGCUGGACAUCCAGCUGAUCUUAAUAAUGAACAGAACUCUCUACAUUGCUGCUAGGGACCAUAUUUAUACUGUUGAUAUGGACACAUCACAUACAGAAGAAAUUUAUUUUAGCAAAAAAUUGACAUGGAAAUCUAGACAAGCUGAUGUAGACACAUGCAGAAUGAAGGGAAAACAUAAGGAUGAGUGUCAUAAUUUUAUUAAGGUUCUCCUAAAAAGAAACGAGGGUACCUUGUUUGUCUGUGGAACAAAUGCCUUCAACCCUUCUUGUAGGAACUAUAAGAUGGAUACACUGGAGUUCCUGGGCGAUGAGUUUAGUGGGAUGGCAAGGUGUCCCUAUGAUGCAAAACAUGCCAAUGUUGCACUGUUUGCAGAGGGGAAGCUAUAUUCUGCCACAGUGACCGACUUCCUUGCAAUAGAUGCAGUCAUUUACCGGAGCCUUGGAGACAGCCCAACCCUGCGGACAGUCAAACAUGACUCAAAAUGGUUGAAAGAACCCUACUUUGUCCAGGCAGUGGAUUAUGGUGACUAUAUCUACUUCUUCUUUCGUGAAAUAGCAGUGGAAUACAACAGUAUGGGUAAGGUAGUUUUCCCAAGAGUGGCUCAAGUUUGCAAGAAUGAUAUGGGAGGAUCUCAGAGAGUGCUGGAAAAACAGUGGACUUCCUUUCUCAAGGCCCGCCUGAACUGCUCAGUUCCUGGCGAUUCACACUUCUACUUUAAUAUACUGCAGGCAGUUACAGCUGUUAUCCAUUUCAAUGGCCGGGAUGUUGUUUUAGCAACCUUCUCCACUCCGUAUAACAGCAUCCCUGGCUCUGCUGUCUGUGCCUAUGACAUGCUUGACAUUGCCACUGUAUUUACGGGGAGAUUCAAAGAACAGAAGUCUCCAGAUUCUACUUGGACACCAGUUCCUGAUGAACGAGUGCCCAAACCCAGGCCAGGUUGCUGUGCUGGGUCUGCAUCAUUAGAAAAGUAUGUAAGCUCAAAUGAGUUCCCAGAUGAUACUCUAAACUUUAUCAAAACACACCCUCUCAUGGAUGAGGCUGUACCUUCAAUUGUCAAUAGACCCUGGUUCCUGAGGACAAUGGUCAGAUAUCGUCUGACCAAAAUUGCAGUAGACACUGCCGCUGGACCAUAUCAGAAUUACACUGUGGUUUUCUUGGGAUCAGAGAAGGGAAUCAUCUUGAAGUUCUUGGCCCGGACAGGAAACAGCGGUUUCCUAAAUGAUAGCCUUUUCCUGGAGGAGAUGAACGUUUAUAAUCCUGAAAAGUGCAGUUAUGAUGGAGUGGAAGACAAGAGGAUUAUGGGUAUGCAGCUUGACAAACAAAGCAGUGCCCUGUAUGUAGCAUUCUCUACCUGUGUGAUAAAGGUUCCCCUGGGACGAUGUGAGCGUCAUGGAAAGUGCAAAAAGGCCUGCAUAGCCUCCAGAGACCCAUACUGUGGCUGGGUGAAAGAAAGCGGGACAUGUACACAUCUGUUAUUUAGUGCUAAACUGGCAUUUGAACAGGACAUAGAGCAUGGCAAUACAGAUGGCCUGGGUGACUGCCAAAAUUCCUUCGUUGCACUGAAUGACAUUUCAACUGCUUCGCCUGAUCAUGAAAUGUCUUACAACACAGUGUAUGGACACUCCAGUUCACUACUUCCAAGCACCACCACUUCUGAUUCUCCGGCUCAAGAGGGUUAUGAUACUAGGAUGCUGGAUUGGAAGGAUCCGGUUGGCUCAUCUGAAAAUACAGAUCAUGUGGCAGUGUCAUCUCAUAAUCACCAAGACAAGAAGGGAGUGAUUCGUGAGAGUUAUCUCAAAGGUCAUGAUCAGCUGGUGCCCGUCACCCUCCUGGCCAUUGCAGUCAUUCUUGCUUUUGUCAUGGGGGCCGUCUUCUCAGGAAUCAUAGUUUACUGCAUCUGUGACCAUCGCCGCAGAGACGUGGCUGUUGUGCAGAGGAAGGAGAAGGAGCUGACGCACUCCCGCCGUGGCUCCAUGAGCAGUGUUACCAAGUUGAGUGGCCUCUUUGGAGACACUCAGUCUAAGGAGCCAAAGCCAGAAGCUAUCCUCACACCUCUGAUGCACAACGGCAAACUGGCUACCCCCGGCAGCACAGCCAAAAUGUUAAUCAAAGCUGACCAGCACCACCUGGACUUGGCUGCUCUGCCAACCCCUGAAUCCACCCCAACCUUGCAACAGAAGAGAAAGCCCAGUCGUGGAAGCAGGGAAUGGGAAAGAAACCAGAAUCUCAUCAAUGCCUGCACAAAAGAUAUCCCCCCAAUGGCCUCGCCUGUGAUCCCAACUGACCUGCCUCUGAGGGCUUCUCCCAGCCACAUCCCAAGUGUUGUGGUCCUGCCAAUCUCUCAGCAAGGGUAUCAGCAUGAGUAUGUGGAUCAGCCAAAAAUGAGCGACGUAGCACAGAUGGCUGUGGAGGACCAGAAUGCCACCCUUGAGUACAAAACCAUAAAGGAGCAUCUCAGCAGCAAAAGCCCCAACCAUGGGGUCAACCUGGUGGAAAAUCUUGAUAGCAUGCCACCAAAAGUACCCCAGAGGGAAGCCUCCCUUGGGCCUCCUAGCUCCUCUCUUUCUCAGAGUGGCCUGAGCAAGCGCUUGGAGAUGCAUUCCUCCGCAUAUAAUGUGGACUACAAGAGGAACUACCCUACGAACUCACUCACGAGAAAUCACCAGACAUCGACUCUCAAAAGAAACAAUACUAACUCCUCUAAUUCCUCCCACCUCUCCCGAAAUCAGAGCUUUGGCAGGGGAGACAACCCUCCUCCUGCCCCGCAGAGAGUGGACUCUAUACAGGUCCACGCUGCUCAGGCACAGGCUGUGACUGUAUCUAGGCAGCCUAGUCUCACCGCAUAUAACUCGCUGACAAGGUCGGGGUUGAAACGUACACCUUCACUAAAACCAGAUGUACCCCCCAAACCUUCUUUUGCCCCACUUUCAUCGUCCAUGAAGCCCAAUGAUGCAUGUACAUAAUCAGAGUGGGGUGGGGGAAAACAGCAAUUAAGCAGAGUUUGCCCUUUAAAGCCAGUGUUCUGCAACGGCAUCGUUAGUUCUCAUUGACAAGAAGGCUGUUAUUAAGCUGAGGAUGCAUUGAUUCUGCUCUCUGGGAAAAGUGGAAUAUUUUUUAAACCGAGCCAUAUGAUCCAUGGUUAAAGGUUUGCAACUGCAGGACUCACCCCCACAACCCAACAGUUCUUUACUCAAAAGACUAACUUAACAUCACAAAAACAUUGAGCCAAAAGCACACAGGUGAAUGAUGACUGUGACAUUUCACCCCCAACUGCACAGUGCAUUCCUGAACUGGGAAAGAGUGCUCUGAAAAGCAAAACAAGUAAAAGAAUUUUAAAAAACACAAAAAAAUUUAAAAAUAAAGAAUUCAUUGAUAAAGCUAACUCUGACUUAACAAUGGCAGAAGUUUACUAUGUGCAGGUACUGUGAAAUGCCCAUCAGUGUUACAGCCAUUUGGUUAUAGCAGUUAAAUGCCAGGUUGGGCAAAACUGUGUCAUAGAUUUCUGCUACUCUUCUCUUUUACUGAAUAACAUGUGACUGUUAACGAAAUAACUCCUAUUAUUUAUUGUUCAUCUUUUGUUUUUCCUAAGGAAAUGACUUCUGCAUAUCAUCCUAUGAGCAGCUCUUCAGAACAGUACAUUGAAAGUUAUACCUAUUUAACGCAAAACCCAUUAACUGGAGUAAUUAAAACUCUUUUAUUUUUCCAAUAAAUUCACUGAGUUAAAUAA